CGUGGGUCCCUCCUUUCCAUCGCUGGCUGGCUGGCUGGGCGCGGGCGACUGCUGGUGAGGCGCGUGGGACCUCGCGCUGGUUCCCCUUCGGCCCGGGCCACUAAGGAGUUCCCUGACGCUGGGUGAGCUGAGCCUGCCGCCAAGAUGCCGGCCUAUUUCCAGAGGCCGGAAAAUGCCCUCAAACGCGCCAACGAAUUUCUUGAGGUUGGCAAAAAGCAACCUGCUUUGGAUGUUCUUUAUGAUGUUAUGAAAAGUAAGAAACAUAGAACAUGGCAAAAAAUACACGAACCAAUCAUGUUGAAAUACUUGGAACUUUGUGUGGAUCUUCGAAAGAGCCAUUUGGCUAAAGAAGGAUUAUACCAGUAUAAGAACAUUUGUCAACAGGUGAACAUCAAAUCUCUAGAGGAUGUUGUUAGGGCAUAUUUGAAAUUGGCAGAGGAAAAAACUGAAGCCGCUAAAGAAGAAUCCCAGCAGAUGGUCUUAGACAUAGAAGAUCUGGAUAAUAUUCAAACUCCUGAGAGUGUUCUCCUAAGUGCUGUAAGUGGCGAAGACACUCAGGAUCGUACUGACAGGUUACUUUUAACUCCAUGGGUUAAAUUCCUGUGGGAAUCAUACAGACAGUGUUUGGACCUUCUUCGAAACAAUUCUAGAGUAGAGCGUCUCUACCAUGAUAUUGCCCAACAAGCUUUCAAAUUCUGCCUCCAAUACACCCGUAAGGCCGAAUUCCGUAAGCUGUGUGACAAUUUGAGAAUGCACUUGUCUCAGAUUCAACGCCACCACAAUCAAAGUACAGCAAUCAAUCUUAAUAAUCCAGAGAGCCAGUCUAUGCAUUUGGAGACCAGGCUUGUUCAGUUGGACAGUGCUAUCAGCAUGGAGUUGUGGCAGGAAGCAUUCAAAGCUGUGGAAGAUAUUCACGGGCUAUUCUCUUUAUCUAAAAAACCACCUAAACCUCAAUUGAUGGCAAAUUACUAUAACAAAGUCUCAACUGUCUUUUGGAAAUCGGGAAAUGCUCUUUUUCAUGCAUCUACACUCCAUCGUCUUUACCAUCUAUCUAGAGAAAUGAGAAAGAAUCUUACCCAAGAAGAGAUGCAAAGAAUGUCUACUAGAGUGCUUUUGGCCACUCUUUCCAUCCCUAUUACCCCUGAACGUACUGAUAUUGCUCGACUUCUGGAUAUGGAUGGUAUCAUAGUUGAAAAACAACGGCGCCUUGCAACACUGCUAGGUCUUCAAGCCCCACCAACCCGAAUUGGCCUUAUUAACGAUAUGGUUAGAUUCAAUGUACUACAAUAUGUUGUCUCAGAAGUGAAAGACCUUUACAAUUGGCUGGAAGUAGAAUUUAACCCCCUAAAACUCUGUGAGAGAGUCACAAAGGUUCUAAAUUGGGUUAAGGACCAACCUGAAAAGGAACCAGAGCUGCAACAGUAUGUCCCACAGCUGCAAAACAACACCAUACUCCGUCUUCUGCAGCAGGUGGCACAAAUUUAUCAGAGCAUUGAGUUUUCUCGUUUGACUUCUCUGGUUCCUUUUGUUGAUGCUUUCCAACUGGAACGUGCCAUUGUAGAUGCAGCCAGGCACUGUGACCUGCAGGUUCGUAUUGACCACACUUCUCGGACCCUUAGCUUUGGAUCUGAUUUGAAUUAUGCUACUCGAGAAGAUGCUCCACUUGGCCCUUACUUGCAAAGCAUGCCUUCGGAACAGAUCAGAAACCAGCUGACGGCCAUGUCCUCAGUUCUCGCAAAAGCACUUGAAGUCAUUAAACCAGCUCAUAUACUGCAAGAGAAAGAAGAACAACAUCAGUUGGCUGUUACUGCAUACCUUAAAAAUUCGCGGAAAGAGCAUCAGCGUAUCCUGGCUCGCCGACAGACAAUUGAGGAAAGGAAAGAGCGGCUUGAGAGUCUGAAUAUUCAGCGUGAGAAAGAAGAAUUAGAGCAGAGGGAAGCUGAACUCCAGAAAGUACGGAAGGCUGAAGAAGAGAGGCUGAGACAGGAGGCAAAGGAGAGAGAGAAGGAACGUAUCUUACAGGAACAUGAACAAAUCAAAAAGAAGACUGUUCGUGAGCGGCUGGAACAGAUCAAGAAAACAGAACUGGGUGCCAAAGCAUUCAAAGAUAUCGAUAUUGAAGAUCUUGAAGAACUGGAUCCAGAUUUCAUCAUGGCUAAGCAGGUUGAACAACUAGAGAAAGAAAAGAAGGAACUUCAGGAACGCCUGAAGAAUCAAGAAAAGAAGAUUGAUUAUUUUGAAAGAGCUAAACGCUUGGAAGAAAUCCCUUUAAUAAAAAGUGCUUAUGAAGAACAGAGAAUUAAAGACAUGGAUCUGUGGGAACAACAAGAAGAAGAAAGAAUUACUACUAUGCAGCUAGAACGGGAAAAGGCUCUUGAACACAAGAAUCGAAUGUCACGAAUGCUUGAAGACAGAGAUUUAUUUGAAAUGCGACUCAAGGCAGCACGACAAUCUGUUUAUGAGGAAAAACUUAAACAGUUUGAAGAGCGAUUAGCAGAAGAAAGGCAUAAUCGCUUGGAAGAACGUAAAAGGCAACGUAAAGAAGAGCGCAGAAUAACCUACUAUAGAGAAAAGGAAGAGGAAGAGCAGAGGAGGGCAGAAGAGCAAAUGCUAAAAGAGCGUGAAGAGAGAGAACGUGCAGAACGGGCAAAACGUGAGGAAGAGCUUCGAGAAUAUCAGGAGCGGGUCAAGAAGUUAGAAGAAGUAGAAAGGAAAAAACGCCAAAGGGAGUUGGAAAUUGAAGAAAGGGAGCGUCGUAGAGAGGAAGAGAGAAGACUUGGUGAAGAUCCACUUUCUAGAAAGGACUCUCGAUGGGGAGAUAGAGAUUCAGAAGGCACGUGGAGAAAAGCACCUGAAGUAGAUUCUGAGUGGAGAAGAGGCCCACCAGAGAAGGAGUGGAGACGUGGAGAAGGGCGAGAUGAGGAAAGGCCUAUUAGAAGAGAUGAAGAUCGCCCAAGGCGGUUGGGGGAAGAUGAAGAGAGAGAGUCUUCUCUUAGACUAGAAGAUGAUCGGAUUCCCAGGAGGGGCAUGGAUGAUGACAGAGCCCCCCGACGUGGUCCUGAUGAAGAUAGGUUCCCUCGCCGUGGGGCAGAUGAUGAUCGGCCUUCCUGGCGCAAUGCAGAUGAUGACAGGCCCCCCAGACGAAUUGGCGAUGACGACAGGCCCCCCAGACGAAUUGGCGAUGACGACAGGCCUCCCAGACGACUCGGUGAUGACGACAGGCCUCCCAGACGACUCGGUGAUGAUGACAGGCCUCCCAGACGACUCGGUGAUGAUGACAGGCCUCCCAGACGAAUUGGUGAUGACGACAGGCCUCCCAGACGAAUUGGUGAUGAAGACAGGGGAAGCUGGCGGCAUAUGGAUGAUGAUAGACCACCUAGACGAGGACUGGAUGAGGACAGAGGAAAUUGGCGGGCAGCUGAUGAGGACAGAGGACCAAGACGUGGUAUGGAUGAAGAUCGGGGGCCGCGGCGAGGAGGUGCUGAUGAUGAGCGGUCAUCCUGGCGUAAUGCUGAUGAUGACCGAGGUCCAAGGAGAGGCCUGGAUGAUGACCGGGGGCCCAGGCGCGGGCUGGAUGAAGAUCGAGGAACUUGGAGGAACGCCGAUGAUGAUAGAAUUCCCAGGCGUGGGACAGAUGAUGACAGGGGUCCUUGGAGAAACAUGGAUGAUGACCGGAUCUCAAGACGGGCUGAUGAUGAUCGGAUUCCCAGCAGAAGGGGUGAGGACUCAAGACCUGGUCUCUGGAGACCAUUUGUCAAGCCAGGUGGAUGGAGAGAGAAGGAAAAAGCCAGAGAAGAAAGUUGGGGUCCACCUCGAGAAUCAAAACCACCAGAAGAACGUGAAUGGGACAGAGAAAAAGAGAGAGAGAGAGAUAGUCAAGAUCGUGAAGAGAAUGACAAGGAUCCAGAGAGAGAAAGGGACAGAGAGAGAGAUGGGGACCGAGAGGAUCGCUUCAGAAGACCGAGGGAUGAAGGUGACUGGAGAAGAGGGCCAGCUGAGGAAGCUUCAAGCUGGAGAGAUUCAGGUCGCCGUGACGAUAGGGAUAGAGAUGACCGCCCACGUGUGAGGGAUGAUCGCCGAGAUCUAAGAGAAAGACGAGAUGACAGAGACCGCAGAGGACCUCCUAUCAGAUCAGAGCGUGAAGAAGUGAGUUCCUGGAGACGUGCUGAUGACAGGAAAGAUGACCGGGCAGAAGAGCGGGAUGUCCCUCGUCGUGUUCCUCCUCCAGCUCUUUCAAGAGAUCGAGAAAGAGACCGAGACCGGGAAAGAGAAGGUGAAAAAGAGAAGGCCUCCUGGAGAGCUGAGAAAGAUAAGGAGUCUCUUCGUCGUACUAAAAAUGAGACUGAUGAAGAUGGAUGGACUACAGUACGACGCUAAGUCUCAAAAUAAUGGAUUCAAACCCACGUCUUACAUAGGUUUGAUCGCAUUCAAGGAUUAUUAUACUUGUGCUCAACCAGUCUAAAUUGGAUUCUUUAAUGUUGUCUCACCAUAACACAAAAAAAGCAUGAACUUGUAUUAAUCCUAUAUAAUAGAUUGAUCAUGCACUGUAUCCACAGAAGGUUGGAAAACCAUGCCAUUUUUUGGAAUUUAAGGUGUUGGCAUUAUUUCAUCAAUCACUUGUUUACAAAAAAAGAAAAACUAAAAAAUAAAUUUAAGAUGUGAACCCUUCAGGUAUUGAGUAACACCUGUAUCUUGGUAUAGACUGAUCUUUUUUUCUUUUGAUUUUGGAAUAUCUGAUACUAAUUUGGAAUGAGGUAAGGUUCUGUUAUAGAAAAUGUAUUUCAAGACUCUAAAGCAGGGAGUUGAAACAGUUUUCACACCAUUAGCAGUUGAGACAUACCCUAGGUGUUUUGAGGUAUCAACUAAAUAUAAGAAGUUUUUAGGUUCACUAUAAGUGCAGUAAACAUUACAAACAUCUGAUACAGUGGGAUUUUCUGCAGAUUUUUACUUGAAAGAAGGUGAGUAUAAAGCAAUUUGCAGUCAUCGUUGAAAUAACGAGAAUACUGCUGAAGUGUGAAUCCAAAACAGUUACAGCUUUUAAAUUUUAAAGCAUUUGGUAAACUUAUUGAUACUUUUUCUGUUGCCAAUAGCAAACUGCUUUUCCAUUAAUGGAGAAUUCAUGCCUUUCAAGCAUUUUAAAUAUGACAAUAUUUAUAAAUGAGUGGUUUGGAGGAAUUGUUUAAAUUCUUUUUCUUAAUUUCUUUUCUCUUUAGGAUAGCUCUUUCAACAAGUAAUUUGUAGUAACGACUGUGUUGACUUCAAUUCUGGAGUGUGGUAGCUGUGUUAAAGAUAACGAUUUGGUCUUAUUGAAGCCAACACAGAACUUGCUGCUGUGUUUUUUUUCUUUAAUGAUAAAUAAAAUACUUACAGAAUUUG